GCCGUCUGUUUUUCUGGUUUGCCUUGCCGAUUUUCCACUAAAAUGUGACCGUUUGCACCCAGUUAGUGGUUAUACUUCGUUCUCCAGUUGUAGUCAGCUCUCAAGCCACCAUGAAAACCAGAUUCACCACUGUGGAUAUCAGGGCAGUUAUUGCCGAGAUUAAUGCCAACUACAUCGGCAUGAGAGUAAACAACGUGUAUGACAUCGACAAUAAGACCUAUCUCAUCCGACUGCAAAAGCCUGACAGCAAAGCUGUUCUCCUGGUUGAGUCUGGGACCCGUAUUCACACCACAGACUUUGAAUGGCCCAAGAAUAUGAUGCCAUCAGGCUUUGCAAUGAAAUGUCGAAAACACUUGAAGACACGGCGCCUGACUCAGGUUAAGCAGCUUGGGAUUGACAGGAUUGUUGACAUCCAGUUUGGCUCAGAUGAGGCUGCCUACCAUUUGAUUAUUGAACUAUAUGACAGGGGUAACAUCAUUCUUGCAGACCAUGAGUACACCAUCCUGAAUCUGCUGCGGUUUCGCACAGCGGAAGCAGAAGAUGUUAAGAUUGCUGUGAGAGAGCGGUAUCCUGUGGAGAACGCACGGCCCCAUGAACCUCUCAUCAGCUUAGAGAGGCUCACAGAAAUUCUCAACAAAGCACCAAAUGGAGAGCAGGUGAAAAGGGUUCUGAACCCUCACCUUCCCUAUGGAGCCACACUGAUAGAGCACAGCUUGAUAGAAGCAGGACUGCCAGGCUCUGUCAAGGUUGACAGCCAAGUUGAUGCUGCACAAGCUGCACCUAAAAUCCUGGAAGCCAUGCAGAUUGCAGAAACAUACUUGGAAAAAACUGAGAAUUUCAGUGGCAAAGGUUACAUCAUUCAGAAGAGUGAGAAAAAGCCAGGCUUAAUUCCUGGCCGAGCCAGUGAAGAACUGCUCACAUAUGAUGAAUUCCAUCCAUUCCUCUUUGCACAACAUGUAAAGAGCCCCAUUUUGGAGUUUGAUACUUUUAACAAGGCAGUAGAUGAGUUUUUUUCUAAGAUGGAAAGUCAGAAGAUCGACAUGAAGGCCUUGCAGCAAGAGAAACAUGCUCUGAAGAAGUUAGAAAAUGUGAAGCGGGACCACGAGCAGAGACUGGAGGCCUUGCACCAAGCACAGGAAGUGGACAGAAUAAAAGGUGAACUAGUGGAGAUGAACCUCCCGGUGGUAGAGAGAGCACUGCAGGUGGUGUGCAGUGCGUUGGCCAAUCAGGUAGACUGGACUGAGAUUGGCUUUAUUGUUAAGGAAGCACAGGCUGCCGGAGAUCCUGUGGCCUGCGCCAUUAAGGAGCUGAAGCUACAGACCAACCACAUCACCAUGCUUUUAAAGAAUCCAUACAUUUCAGAAGAGGACCAGGAAGAGGAGGACAAAAGCGCCGUUCCUCAGGAGAAAGGGAAGAAAAACAAAAACAAAGGGCAGAACAAGAAGCUUCAAAGAAACAAGCCUAUGUUAGUGGAUGUGGAUCUCAGCCUCUCAGCUUAUGCCAAUGCCAAAAAGUAUUAUGACCACAAACGCAGUGCUGAAAAGAAGGAACAGAAAACCAUUGAAGCAGCAGAUAAGGCCAUGAAAUCUGCAGAGAAAAAAACACAGCAAACACUAAAGGAAGUCCAGACGGUAACCACCAUUCAGAAGGCCCGGAAAGUCUACUGGUUUGAGAAGUUCCUGUGGUUCAUCAGCUCAGAGAAUUAUCUCAUCAUUGCAGGAAGGGACCAGCAGCAGAACGAGAUCAUUGUGAAACGCUACUUCAGGGCUGGUGAUAUCUAUGUUCAUGCUGACCUCCAUGGAGCAACUAGUUGUGUCAUUAAAAACCCCUCAGGCGUUCCUGUCCCUCCUCGUACUCUGACGGAGGCUGGCACUAUGGCUGUGUGUUACAGUGCUGCUUGGGAUGCCAAGAUCGUCACCAGCGCAUGGUGGGUCCAUCAUCAUCAGGUGUCUAAGACAGCUCCCACUGGAGAGUACCUGACCACUGGAAGUUUCAUGAUCAGAGGAAAGAAGAAUUUUCUGCCCCCUUCUUACUUGAUUAUGGGCUUUGGAUUCCUCUUCAAGGUAGACGAAGAGAGUGUGUUUCGGCACAAAGGGGAGCGAAAAGUGAAGACUGUGGAGGAAAACAUGGAGGAGGUCACAUCCAGAACUGCAGAGCUGUUAGAGGAGGGAGAGGAGCUAAUAGGUGAUGACAGCAGUAAUGAAGAUCGAGGUGAAGAAGGAGCAGAAGGAGAUGGAGAGAACAAGGAGGUGAAAAAGGCAAACACGGUUGAAGGGGGUGAUGUUGCGAGCAGAGACCUGAGCACUGUUCCUGAGGAGGCUGCAGCAGACACAGGAGAGAGGCCGUCAGAGCAGAGGAACAUGGAGGUGGAGGGAGAGGAAGACGACGGGAAGGAUGAAGAGAGUGAUGAAUUCAGCUUUCCUGAUACAACCAUCUCCCUCACUCAUUUACAGCCCAGCAGGAAUACUCCAAACCCUGGCUUCAAAAAGGAAACAACCACUCAAGCUGAUGCAGACUGUCAGGGGAAGAAACACAUGACUGCCAAGCAGAGACGAGAAGAGAAAAAGAAGAAGCAGAAACAGGAGGGUUGUGACAAUGAGGAGAAGCCUGAGGUUCCAUCUGGUGGAUCGGCAGUUGAUCAGGGCUCCAAAAAUGGAGGAGGAGGAGGGGGAGGUUCCUCGCAGCAGCCACUGAAGAGAGGCCAGAGGAACAAGAUGAAGAAGAUCAAAGAGAAGUACAAAGACCAGGAUGAAGAGGACAGGGAGCUCAUGCUGCAGCUCCUCGGGUCAGCAGGUUCCACCAAAGAACCCCCCUCUCAGAAACCUCGUCACGUGGAGACUGCAGCGAGGAAACCAGAGCUGACGGAAGGAGAGGAUGAGGAGAGGAAGCCUGGGGAGGAGGGAGGUGAACAGGAGGACAAGGAUGAUGAUAUAGACCAGGACAACCCUGGAGCAGAGGAAGCAGAGAAUCUGCUCACCUCUCUGACAGGACAGCCGCACCCUGAAGAUGUGCUGCUGUUUGCUGUGCCAGUCUGUGCUCCCUACACUGCCCUUUCCAACUACAAACAUAAGGUGAAACUGACACCAGGUUCUCAGAAGAAAGGAAAAGCUGCCCGCACUGCAGUUCUCAGCUUUAUGAAAGCCAAAGAGGGCUCAACCAGAGAAAAAGACCUGUUCCGUAGCGUCAAGGACGUUGAUCUAUCUAGAAACAUGCCAGGAAAAGUUAAAGUGUCUGCUCCCAACCUGCUGGCUGCCAAGAAGAAAUGAACAGGUGAAUACAGACAUGGCUCUACCUUUCAAACAUGAGGGUUACAGUCGACCAUCAGUACA